AGGAACUCCAGCUGUGGGGAAAGGAGUCUUUAUUACACAUCACACGUUCUGUAUUAUCUCUGAUUGACCGAGGAUGGACAAGGACAGUAGUCACAGGACUGAGAGGAUAAUAAAAAUCACCCUGGAGAUCAUCUACCUGCUGACUGGGGAGGAUUACACAGUAGUGAAGAAGACAUCCAGUGAGUGUGAGAUACUGAACAGCCAUCCCCGUGUGUCAGGAGGACUGAGUAGAACCCAGAGCCCAAUCACGGUGCCUCCACCUGACUCACUAAUACAUGAGAGACACAAUGACCAAAAGAUCCUGGAACUCACCAACAAGAUCAUUCAGCUGUUGACUGGAGAGGAGGUGGAGUGUAUAGAGGAACACAGGGGUCUGUACAAGGACGUGAUAAUGGAGAAUCACCGGCCCCUCACAUCACUGGAAGGACCCAGUAACAGAGAUACCCCAGAGAGAUGUCCCUGUCCUCUGUAUACCCAGGACUGUACAGAGGAGAAUCACAGGAUCCCACAGGAGGAUCAGGGUGAAGCCCGAUUAAAUAAUAUUAAAAUCAAAGAUACAGAGGGAGAAGAAGAGACAUAUGUGACUGAUAUAAAGGCAGAAGAUAUAGAGGGAGAAGAAGAGACGUAUGUGACUGAUAUAAAGGCAGAAGAUAUAGAGGGAGAAGAAGAGACGUAUGUGACUGAUAUAAAGGCAGAAGAUAUAGAUGGAGAAGAGGAGACGUAUGUGACUGAUAUAAAGGCAGAAGAUAUAGAGGGAGAAGAAGAGACGUAUGUGACUGAUAUAAAGGCAGAAGAUAUAGAUGGAGAAGAGGAGACGUAUGUGACUGAUAUAAAGGCAGAAGAUAUAGAGGGAGAAGAAGAGACGUAUGUGACUGAUAGAGAGACAGGAGAUAUAGAGGGAGAAAAAGAGACGUAUGUGACUGAUAUGAAGGCAGAAGAUACAGAGGGAGAAGAAGAGACGUAUGUGACUGAUAUGAAGGCAGAAGAUACAGAGGGAGAAGAAGAGACGUAUGUGACUGAUAGAGAGACAGAAGAUAUAGAGGGAGAAAAAGAGACGUAUGUGACUGAUAUGAAGGCAGAAGAUACAGAGGGAGAAGAAGAGACGUAUGUGACUGAUAUGAAGGCAGAAGAUACAGAGGGAGAAGAAGAGACGUAUGUGACUGAUAUAAAGGCAGAAGAUAUAGAGGGAGAAGAAGAGACGUAUGUGACUGAUAUAAAGGCAGAUGAUAUAGAGGGAGAAGAGGAGACGUAUGUGACUGAUAUAAAGGCAGAAGAUAUAGAUGGAGAAGAGGAGACGUAUGUGACUGAUAUAAAGGCAGAAGAUAUAGAGGGAGAAGAAGAGACGUAUGUGACUGAUAUAGAGACAGAAGAUAUUGAGGAAGUAGAAGAGACGUAUGUGAGGGGUGAUCAGCAGUCUAAGGAGGAGGAGAUCCCUACAUAUAUCAGCACAGAUGGACACACAAGCAGGAAUAUCUCAGAAGGACAUCUAAUGUUAUCCUCGGAUUGUGACAUAAAAGAUAAUGACAGUAGACAGGAUUCUCCAAGAGCUAAUCCCGUUACCCCAAUUAUACAUCCAGCUCUAUCAGCUGAUCCCCCUGAUCCUGGGAAAUGUUCUCCUCAUCACUCUGAUAUUGGUGCAUCUGUUACAGCUCUGAGAGUAGAUACAGUGUUUCCCUGUUCUAUAGAUGCCAAAUGUUUUACACAGAACACAAAACGUAUUACCCAACAGCCAGCUAAGGCAGGUGAGAGGCCAUUUCCAUGUUCUGAAUGUGGGAAAUGUUUUACACAGAAAUCAUAUCUUGUUACACAUCAGAGAAGUCAUACAGGUGAGAAGCCAUUUUCUUGUUCCGAGUGUGGAAAACGUUUUUCACACAAGUCAUAUCUUGUUAUGCAUGAGAGAAGUCACACCGGAGAGAAGCCAUUUACAUGUUCUGAGUGUGGAAAAGGUUUUUCACAGAAAUCAACUCUUGUUCAACAUGAGAGAAGUCACACCGGAGAGAAGCCAUUUACAUGUUCUGAGUGUGGGAAACGUUUUGCACUUAAAUCAACUCUUGUUAGACAUGAGAGAAGUCACACCGGAGAGAAGCCAUUUACAUGUUCUGAGUGUGGGAAAUGUUUUACACAGAAAUCGAAUCUUGUUCAACAUGAAAGAAGUCACACCGGAGAGAAGCCAUUUUCUUGUUCUGAGUGUGGAAAAGAUUUAUCACACAAGUCAUAUCUUAUUAUACAUGAGAGAAGUCACACCGGAGAGAAGCCAUUUUCAUGUUCUGAGUGUGGGAAACGUUUUGCACUUAAAUCAGCUCUUGUUAGACAUGAGAGAAGUCACACCGGAGAGAAGCCAUUUUCAUGUUCUGAGUGUGAAGAAUGUUUUACACAGAAAUCAACUCUUGUUAGACAUGAGAGAAUUCACACAAGUGAGAAGCCAUUUCCAUGUUCUGAGUGUGGGAAAUGUUUUACACGGAAAUCACAUCUUGUUCAACAUGAGAGAACUCACAGAGGUGUGAAGCCACUUGCAUGCUCUGAGUGAUUAAUAAAUCAGCUCUUGUUGGACACAGUAGACAUCACACAGGUGAGGAACCAUUUUAAUCUUCUGGAGUAUACUCAUCUUCACCAUUUCCCUGCAUUGUUCCUUCAGGUUUUAUCCUAUGUCCUGUGGUUUUUUUUUUACAAUAUACAUGCUACUACUGGGUGAAAUAAUAAGACGUCAUGUCCUCCUUUACCUCUACUAUGCAGAUAACCUGUCUUUGCUCCGGGUACUGAAAACAAUACCAAUACUAAAUGUCUAGCUGAGCUCCAGGUGUGGGUGAUGCCAGUAGGCCGUGACUCAGUCCUAGUGAAACAGGUCCAUAUGCUAAUGCAUGCCGACUCUCCUGUCUUCUGAUUACUUCCUCCCAUGCCUAUCCAAGAUUUUUCACAUGCUGCUCCCUUUCUCUGGAAUUCUUUACCUCUCCCCCUCAGACUGUUACCAGCAGUACCAAGAAUCUGCCGUAAUUCAUUUGUGGUUGAUCUGUUAGCUAUGCAGCCCUGACCAUGGAACCUGCUGCCUCGCACAGUCCAAGAGACCUCCACCCUGGUGACCACAAACAGACUGAUGACUGUUACUCACAUGUUUCAUUAAUGUUCCUUCACUUCCUAAAUAUACAUCCCACAUGCUGA